ACAUCAACUAUAAAGAUGACUGCGUUUAUUUAAAGUUAUGAAUUAAAAAAUAUAUAUUAUAGUUACAUUAAUUCGAAUUCCUUCGUUAGAUUAAUAACGUUGAUUAUUUGGAGUCCGAGUUUAACCUAAAUUUACUAUUUAUUAUCAUUACUAAAAUUUUUAAGAAAAAGGUUAUUGUGAGAAGUAGGAUGAAAAAGGGAAUACGGUCAUUCGUUUUCAAAUCUAUUGUUAUUCAGCUGGCUGUAAAGACAAGACAUCUAAUAGGCAUAGAUUUCCAAAUCCUGCAGUGAAUAUGCCAAGAUUCGAAAAGUGGAUUGAAGUUUGUGGUAACGACAAAUUGUACACCAUAUAUCCAAAAAGAAUAUACGAUAAUUAUCGAGUGUGCCAUUUAUAUUUCACAAAGGCAGAUAUAUUGUCAAGUAAUUUGUUAUUAAAAACCGCUAUCCCAAAUAGGUUUUUACCAAAUGUGCAGGCUACAAACAAUACUACAUUGUUAAAUACCGUAGAGCAAAGCUCCACAACGGAUGCAAGUGCAUCAUCAAUAUCGCAAAAUGAAAUAUUAAUGGAAGCUGAAUCAAGUUCAUUAGAAGAACCAGGUACAUCCAAGAAUGCUGGCCCGUCAACCAUGCCAGAUGAAGAAAUGUUAUCAUUUUCGUCUGAAAAAGAAGAUAAAGGUUCUUUAUUGCAAGAAGUUGAAGUUCGGAGAGAGAAAGAUUUGUCGCCAAAAGCCCGAACAUUAUAUAAAAGAGCUACUCAUUAUAAACGAUUACUACUUAAACAGAAACAAAGAAAUGUUGUUAUAAGAAACAGACUGGCUCAUCUAGAGAAUAUGAACAGUAACGAACUUUUAAAAGUUUUAAAAUUUCCAAUAAAAUUAAAUGGGGCCGGAUUGACGUUUCUUCCACUAUGUUGUCUCAUUUGUCCAAAGAAAUUUUCUAUUGGAUUUGGGAUAUACCAUAUUUUUCUUGCAGAUAUUUGAAAAUGCCCUCCAAACUAUUUAACGUAACAAUCCAGUUCUUGAUGGAUGGUGGUGUUGAUCUGCUGCCUUUCUUAUCUACAAAUUUCAUGGUAGACAACAUUUUUUUAGCAUUUUGCCAAAAAGAGAGAUGAGGCGAUUUACUCGUUACUGCACAACGCAAUGGUAUGUUUGUGUUUAGCGCUAACUGACUGGAAUUGACACUAUCGAAUAGAUCAUUGAAAAAUUUGAUUGUGUAUACAGUGUCCAUUGCAGACUGGUCCAAUUUUCGUCCAUCUGCACUAGUUGUACAUGUGAAGUUCAAAAUGCAAUUUCCGCAUUAAAGAACAUUUUAUCUGCCGUUCCUUUUAAAGCACCCUGUGAACCCUUUCCAGUAGAAUUUUUAUUAAAUUUAUUUAUUAGGGUUAGGAUAUUUUUUACGUUAAAAUCUUACAAUAAAUUAUUAAAAACAGAUAGAACUAAAGAAACA